UCAGUUUGUUGUAAAGUUAUAUUUUGCUAAAUUAAAAACAAAGCAAUACAGACUAUACAAGAAGGAUUGGUGUGCAUUAUAAAAAUGGAAUGAAGGAGCAUUUAAUGUCUCACUACUCAUAGUUCUUUGUUCUUGCUAUCUCUUUUAGCUAAUUAUUAUUUUUCUCAAUCAAAAUGAUGGGUACAAGCGAAAGAAAAAGAUCAAAAAAGUUGUCGAAAAAGCAAGGAAUCCUCAUCGCCUUGACAACACUAACAGUUUUAUCAGCUGUUGCUGUAGCAGUAAUGAUUACACUGUACUGCUUUCAACAUAAACAUUAUCAUGGCAUUGCCAAAUCAGCUGCUAAUGCCGAAUUAUACGAACAUGGCGCAGUAGCUGCAGACUCAGUACGGUGUUCUGAAAUAGGACGCGAUAUUUUAAAGAAGAAUGGCUCAGCUGUUGAUGCAGCAGUCGCUGCAAGUUUCUGUCUUGGUUUAUACAGCAUGCAUUCAGCAGGAAUUGGUGGUGGAGGUUUAAUGCUGGUUUACAAGAGAGACACAAAGACUAUGGAAUCAUACGAUUAUAGGGAAACUGCACCUGGGAAAUCUAGAGAAGAUAUGUUUGCAGGAGAAUCACAGAAGUCUAGAUCUGGUGGUUUAGCAGUAGGCGUGCCUGGGGAAGUAAAAGGUCUUCACGAGGCUCACAAAAAACAUGGGAAACUACCAUGGAAAGAUCUACUACAACCCACAAUUGAUCUAGCGGAAAAUGGCUAUCAAAUUACGUUAAGGUCGUGGGAAGCUGCUGGCAGUAUGAAAUAUUUAAUUGAAAAGGAUCCAGGCAUGAGACAGCUACUUUUAAAAGCCGGCAAGAUAAUUGAUCUUGGUGACUUGAUUAUCAAUAAACCGCUCGCGAAUACUUUAAAAAAGAUAGCAGCGAACCCAGACGAUUUUUAUACAGGCGCACUUGCAGAAGAUAUUGUUAAAGAUAUUCAAGAUGCUGGAGGAAUCGUUACCUUGGAUGACUUGGCUAAUUAUAAAGUUUUAAAUGAUAAAGUAUUGACUGAUGAUAUCGGCGAUUUUACGCUGCAUACGAUGUCGACUCCAACAGGAGGACCAAUCAUAACACAUACUCUAAACAUCCUUAAAGGAUACGGUUUUACAGAAAAUGAUAUGAAAGGCGAUAAAGCAAUAACAACUUAUCAUCGAAUAGUGGAGGCGUUUAAAUUUGCAUACGCUCAAAAAACAAAAUCAGGAGAUCCUGCUUUUAUGGAUAAGCAGUUUGUUGAUAAGUGGUUGGAAAACAUGACUAGUGCAAAGUUUGGUUCUGAGUACCGUUUAAAGAUCACAGAUGAUGAAACUCAUAACGUUUCAUAUUAUGGUGCAGAGAUACCCCCUCCCACUGAUAAUGGCACGACUCAUUUGAGCAUCUUUGCACCAAAUGGAGACGCAGUAUCAUUGACUUCAACCAUAAAUGAUUGGUAUGGUGCAUGCUUCCGUUCUCAAAACACUGGCAUCAUGUACAACAAUGAAAUGGAUGAUUUCAGCACACCAGGUGUCAAUACAAGAUUUGGUUAUCCGCCUACAGCUUAUAAUUACAUCAAGCCAAACAAAAGACCAGUUUCUUCUAUGGCACCUGUCAUAUUGACAAAUAAAAAUGGCGACGUGAAACUUGUAAUUGGUUCAUCGGGUGGACCCAAAAUAAUUACUGCUACCGUCCAGGGUAUAAUGCAUGCCACUUGGUUUGGUUUUGAUCUUGGAAAUGCCGUCGUGCGUCCAAGAAUCCAUCAUCAGUUAUUACCUAACGUAAUCCAAGGCGAAUCGAAUCGAGCACUACCGAAUAAGAUUUUAGACGGACUUGUUAAAAUUGGACAUGAAAUUUCAUUGGAGGUUAAACCGGAAUUUUCAGCUAUACAAGCCGUGUAUGUUGACGGGCCAGGAAAAGUGUACGCAAAGUCUGACCCUAGAAAAUAUGGCCACAGCGCAGGGUUCUAAAAUACAGCAUUAAAUGUUUAUUUCGGCUUCUAAAUAGAACAGUAUUAAAGAGGCCAAUUUAACAAAAAGUUAUUUGCUUGCUUUUCGCAAAUGUACUUAGACAAUUUCUUCAUUUGUAUUAUUUUUAUAUCACUAUAUCACUACAUUGUAUAUUUUUUGUUGUUAUUUUUAACAAUUUAAGCCAUUGCUUCUAAUAAAA